AUGUUUUUCUUGUUUUCGCAGUGUUUCAUCGGCAAUUUUCUUAAACAGCCAGCCUGUGUUUCUGCUGGUACCUUAUACGACAACUCAUACUUUAAUUUCACCACUUAUCCAUAUCGUUUUACGAAAUGGGAGUUCAAAGAUUCAAACAACUAUAUAGGAAAGGGCUUUUUCUCUAUCGUCCGCAAGAGAGAAACUCUAAAUGGAACCACUGUUGCUGUUAAAAAGUUCAAAAUCUUCGACAGGAAGAGUUUAAUCCGUGAAAUGCAGACAUUACGUGCCCUCAAUGAUACACCAAAUGUAGUCCAUAUUUUAGGACUUACCGGAAACUACGAACAUCCUUCCGUUGUCUACUCCUAUCAUCAAUCCAAAAACGAAGACUACCUUAACAUGUCCUUGCCCAAUUUCAAGUGGUUCCUCAAGCACACCCUUACAAUUCUUAAGGACAUUCACGCACGUGGAGUCAUCCACAACGACAUGAACAUCGGAAAUAUCCUUUUUGAUCUCGAAAACAAGAGUCUCACAUUAAUUGACUUUGGCCUAGCCGCCUUCUACCGACCAGAGAAGCACUACAAGCUCAAAGGCGGCAUGUUCAGGAUCCAGCCACCAGAAUUCCUCGUUGACAGAAACCACUGGGAUUGUGGCGUUGAUAUUUGGUCGCUUGGCAUCACAUGUCUUGAUCUUGUUCUCGGCAUCAAGGGCAACUACUUGCCAAAGGAUGACAGAGACUCAAGAGAAUUCAUGAAUAGAUACUUCGGAAAGCAGUUGGCUCCAUAUCUGAAGUCAAAGGGAAUAAAGAUCGAACCUGGAGACAGCGACUUGUUCGAACUCGCAAUGCCUGGAACAGAACAACUCAUCACAAAAGACGUGAUGGAUUUGAUUGGAAAGAUGCUGACAAUUGAUCCAAAGAAGAGAAUCACGGCUAGAGAUGCUCUCAAACAUCCACUUUUCAAUGGUGUUGAUUGA